ACAGACCUGACCCAAGGAGACUGAAACUAAAAAUGGAGAGGACAACAUUUUUUCAUGCAUUGCUUCUAAUCUGCUGUCUCUCCACAGCUCAGCUCCAAGCUGUGGCCGACAAUGAAAUUAUUUCACAUUUAAGGCAAACAGAAGAUGCAGUGAAUCUCUCAGACAAUCAACAAACUUGUACACAGGACAUCCAUGCAGUGCUGAGAGAGAUGAGCGCCUCAUUGGCAGGACUGAAGGUUGGUAUGGAGUAUCUACAGAAAGAUAAUGAAGCCAAGACAGAAGAACUGCACUUGUUAAAACAACAAUACCAAGAGCAAGUGACAAAAGUAAGAAAUCUUGAGCAGCAGUACCAAGCUCAGCUAGGAGAACUGAACAGCGUUAAAGCCAGGACAAACAACACUGAAAACCAAGUGGAGGUUCUGAAGAGAGAAAGAAAAGUGAAACAAGUGGCUUUCUCAGCUUCCUUGCUGGCAUCAGGUGGUGGACAUAUUGGACCAUUUAACACACAGACACCUCUAGUCUUCAGACAUGUUGUUGCAAAUAUUGGAAAUGCCUACAACCCAAACACAGGUUUUUUCAUUGCCCCCGUGAGAGGAGCCUAUCACUUUGAGUUCCACUUACAUGGAGGUGGACAUGCAUCAUAUGGGACAGGUGCCGUGCUGGUCAAGAAUGGGAAUCCUAUUUUCAUUGCAUAUGAACAUCAGUCUACCUACUCUGUUAACCCAUCUAAUGGUGCCACGUUGCUGUUAGAAACUGGAGAUGUUGUGUUUUUGCAUCAGUGGCAAAACUCAAGGAUUUUUGAUAACCAAAAUCAUCAUACCACCUUCAGUGGUCACUUGCUUUUCACUGUGUGAGCAGAAAGCAGUCCUAAUUUUAUUUCUGCCUCAGAAGUGCAUCAUAAUAUAUAUAUGAUUUUUUAAUUACUGCAUUGAAUAAUUUUUAUUGUGUUUCAUUUUGCCAUAAAUUUCCACAAUGAUUUAC